CGCACGCGCACUGUUGACAAAACUCCCAUGAAGACUGGAAAAAUAAAAGAAACAUCUCGACCCUGUUCUCUUCCUUUUUAGCUCCUCUAACACGAAAGCUGUCAAGCUGCUCAACAAUGUCUGAUGCUUGUUCCUUCUCCUGGCAACCUCCUCCGCACGAGCCACCAUGGUUACAAACAGUGUGUCACGUGACCUGCAACAUAAACACUCCACGGUGGACGCUCGCCCUCCUCGGAGCCCAAACGGUGGGAUGUGAGGGCCAUGGCGGUCAUUAUUCGUCGCGCGUCGGACUUUCUGAGAGUGGCUCGUCGUGUCGAGGAGGCGAAACUACUUCAACAGUUCAACAAAUACUGGAGAGUUUUCCCGUGAGCCGAAUAAUGGGAGCAAGCGCUUCAUUGUCGCUCUGUAGUGACCCGUCCUCAGUGAGAAUCCUGAAGCCAGGUGCUAAGGUUAGCCCAGAAUCAAAUAUUCCCACCCUGGUUUCAGAGCCUGAACUAUCCGCCAGGUGUGUGUUUGGUGUUAACUUUGAAACACUAAGAGAGCAAGGGCAGAUGGUUCGUGGAAUACCCUUCGUGCUCAGAGACAUGGUGGAGUUCCUCGAUAAGAAUGGAAUGCACCACAGAGGUCUGUUCCGCCUGUGUGGGUCGGUGGUCCGGACCAGGAAGCUGAGGCAGAGAUGGGACCGUGGAGAACUGGUGGAUUUGGAGCACGAGGGAGACGUCUCCACUGUGGCCUCGCUCCUCAAACUCUUCCUUCGGGAACUGCCCAUCCCAAUAGUUCCAGAACCCCGGCGCAAACAGCUGGCUCUGAGCCUCACAGGAUAUGCCGAUGAGGCCGAGGUGAACCAGUCUCUGAGAGAAGUCCUUUGCCAUCUCCCUGAUGAAAACAUCAUUAUUUUGUCUUAUAUCAUCCACUUCCUAUCUAGAGUGGCUGCUCACAGCCAAUCAAAUCACAUGCCUGUGAAAAGUCUGGCAACCAUCUUCGGGCCUUGUAUAUUUCAUGUUCCCUCAGGAGCCCGGAUGCUGGAGGAGCAGUAUGUGAGUAAUGCCCUGCUGCUCCAUCUUCUGAGGCAUCAGAAGGUUCUCUUUCCAAUCCACGCCGAUGACGCAGAGGCCUCCUCGAUCACCUCCUCACCCCCACCUACUCUAUCUGCUCUUUCGCACUUUGAGGUCCGAUCCAGCAGCUGUCACUCGGAGCAGAGUGGUGUGGAAAUGUUGGCGGGAGAGACGACUCCCAGCUCAGCCACCAGCGCUCUGAACCAAACAACAUGGAUGCAUUCGCAACUCAACAGCCCUGACCCACCGGAGCGGGGUCGUGAAUCCGCCUCUGACGUCAGCGCUGACAUUCAGAGUCUGAGUCCAGACCGAGAGGCUCGGGAGGAGAGCGGCGACGGCACCGAGGCAGGUUGUGAGCUCUCCGGCUCCACUGACCCAGAGCAACGCUCACUCCAGAGCAUCCCCCCCCAAAGCCUCGGGGGAGAGCUCCCGGAGUGUACCGCACGAGGGAUCUUUGCGCAGUACAAGAUGCCACCGUUCACCUCCCCCUCAAUGGAGACGGAGGAGGAAGAGAACAGGAGGACACCUUCCUCACCCGUUGAAGACAACUGUUCAACGGCUUCCGCAGAUGCUGGACAGAAAUCGUCAGAUUCCGACUGCUGCAAAGCGAAUGAAUCACGGAACAACAACCAAACACCGACUCGGCACAAGGAGAGUCUUUUGUUUUUCAGCUUGCUGUGCUGCAAAGUGUACAAGACGGAAGCCCCGACCACUGCGUCCGAGAAGAGCCCCUUCCUCAAGCUACAAGCCCUGGAGGCCGACUCGGGACCCCUGCCCUCACGGGUAGAGGCGCAAAUUCAGGAUAACCUACCAGCCCAGCAACCGCCUCCUUAUACCGAAGAGCAGAACCUGUAUCUGACCCACAAGCGGCUUCUCCACUCGCCGCCGCCGGCUCAGUCCCAGUCUGGACUCAUGGACUCCCCUCUUUCAUCAGAGUCCAGUCCUGUCCUGUCCACUGCAUUUCAUUCUGAGGGGACUUCAGGAGAUUACCUGCCGAGCCCACCGGGCCCUAAAACCAGCCCACUCCUCUCUCGUUUCUCCACGAGCGACUGCCCCAUUCCUUCGCCUCGCUGCCCCAACCUCGGUCACAGCCUGCGCUACAACCUGGACCCCGACACGGCCCCUUCUCCACCCUGCUCACAGCACAUACGCAUGGCUCCCAGCGGUGUCCACACAGAGUUGCACAUGUCCAUCUUAGUGCUCAGCAGAAACAUUCACGCCCUGAAGAAGAGGAUCAGGCGCUUUGAGGAGCGGUUCGAACAGGAGAAGCACUACAAGCCGGCACAUAACGACAAGACGGCACAUCCAGAGGUGGCGAGACUGAUGAAGGAGCUCAUCAAGAGUCGCAAGCAGCUUAAAGAGCUGAAGCUGAGACGCUCAGGAGAGGGGGGUCUGCGGGGGCCGGGAGACUUCAGCCCAUCAGCGGAGACAUGCAGUACCAGCACAGGCCACAGGGAGGCAGCACUCGCAGGGGCUGAACUGCAGCUACUUAACGACAGCAACGCCAAGCCAGAUAUGGAGGAAACCGUCAACAUGAUAACCAACCGACUGAAGGAAAGGCGGCGAGAGCUGGGCCUUCCCGACAGUGUGGAGGAGAUGUCCCAUUUCCAGACGGCAUUGGAGAAGGCCAGCCUGCAGAAGUGUCUCCUCUACUUUGAGAAUUUGCACGGACGACCGAGUACCAGGCAGGAGCGGACUCUGAUGAAACCGUUCUACGAUCGCUACCGUCUCGUCAAGCAGCUGCUGCCUUGCUCUGCUGCGCCGGCAGUCAUCACGACCAUCGAGGAAGAGGAGAGCUCUGAUGAAGAGCAUCCGAAUCAGCAAAGCCCCCAGAUGCAUCCGGUCCGACUGAACUCGUCCAGGCGCGAGUCUUCCGAUGAGCCGCCGCUUCUGCCGUCCCUAGAAACGACCGAAACCCCUCUGGUGUCCCCGCUGGACGACGUGAAGGCUUUCCAGCCACAGAUUGUCGCCAUGGCAACAUUGCAUGAAGCUUCCAGACCAGAAUUGCUGGAUCACCUCAAGACGGCACGAUUAGAGAAGCGGAGGCUUCACCUCGCGCUCCGAGAGUUUGAGAAGCACUUCUACAGGCAGACCGGCAGGGCUUGUCAGAAGGAGGAGCGCGGGCCGAUGGCCGAGGAGUACCGCCAGUACAAGAACCUCAAGGCGAAGCGCCGCCUCCUCGAGGCCCUGCUUAGUAAACGGGACUCGACCAAGACGAGUUGAGUCGACUCGGUGGGACUUUCAGACCGAACCAGAUUCCUUCGUCACGAUGACGUCCGGUGGAUUCAUGCCAUGCUCGUGAUGUUGAUGCACUUUACAUGAAUAACGCGGAUGGGAAGUCUUAAUGAGAUGCUGCGCUACUGCAGUUGUUCGUCCCAAAAAAACACAUCCGUUGUCAUUUAUGACACAAACUGUAUUUUAUGAAGUACUUAUUUAUGUCAAGUAUGAUGAGCUGUAACAACUUGUUUAUUACAUAUUAGUAAUGUACGGUUACUAAACAUUGUUUUAUGGCACUACGCUACUUGCCUUUUCUGUCCUCGCCAUAACACUAUUGUUGGACAGCUCUGUCCAAAGUUAAUGUACAAACAGCAUUCUCUUUUUUUGUUGUUGCUAUAUUGGCAAAAAAAAGAAGGUGUAAGCUUAAAUGCAAUCAAUGAAAUACUUGUGUUCGUGCAUGUCAGUUUUUUCGUGCUACAUUGUGCUAUGAUAUGCGUAAAGAAUCUCAGAGUUGAUCAAAAUUCAAUGAACGUGUUCACGUUGGAAAAUAUGAGAACGUUGCAAGUUCUAUAUGCAGUCAAAUUAGUGUUUAUCCCCCAGUUUGCCUGUAAGAAGUUAAUUCCCGCUAAAUGCAGUUGUUGAUAAUGGUCAGAGCUUUUGACAUUGUGCACUUCUGGUUUAUAUCAUUUUCUAUAAAGAGAGAUAAUAUAUAUAUGAAUGUAUCAAUAAAAAUAAAUAUUUUUUCACAUUUA